GACAGAAUUUGAAGAAAUGAGGCACUUAGCCAGUAACUGUAGCCACCAUUACCAACCAACUAUAUCAUCCCCAUCUCAGAUCUAUGCUGCCACCUCUAAUCUAAGUCUAUAAAUAGCCAGAGUAGCUCCCCUGCCAUUGCGCGCUUUUGCCAUCUGCCUCUGCCUCAUUGUCUCCCUUCCUCAUAAGUUUCAUCCUAGAGGAUAAAAUUUGAAGAGACAAAAAGAAGCAAAUGAAGGUGAUAGAGAAAAUACGAGCAGCUGCGGCAGCUGAUCCAGACAGGGUGGUCUUCUCAUUCGAGUUCUUUCCACCCAAGACCGAAGAUGGGGUAGAUAAUUUGUUUGAGAGGAUGGACCGGAUGGUGGCACAUAAUCCUUCGUUUUGCGAUAUCACUUGGGGCGCAGGAGGAUCCACAGCUGAUCUAACACUUGAAAUUGCAAACAAGAUGCAAAACAUGGUAUGCGUGGAGACCAUGAUGCACCUCACCUGUACCAACAUGCCUGUAGAGAAGAUCGACCAUGCUCUCCAGACCAUCAAGUCCAAUGGUCUCCAGAAUGUUCUUGCUCUUCGUGGUGAUCCCCCUCACGGUCAGGACAAAUUUGUCCAGAUUGAAGGUGGCUUUGCCUGCGCUCGGGACUUGGUUAAACAUAUAAGAGCCAAAUAUGGUGACUACUUUGGCAUCACAGUUGCUGGUUAUCCAGAGGCACAUCCAGAUGUUAUAGGAAGUGAUGGCUUGGCUACUCCAGAAGGUUAUCAAAAUGAUCUUGCUUACCUCAAGAGCAAGGUUGAUGCUGGAGCGGAUCUGAUCGUUACCCAAUUAUUUUAUGAUACAGAUAUAUUCCUUAAAUUUGUGAAUGACUGUCGCCAAAUUGGAAUAACUUGUCCUAUUGUGCCUGGAAUUAUGCCGAUUAAUAAUUAUAAAGGUUUUCUCCGCAUGACUGGCUUUUGUAAAACGAAGAUACCAGCUGACAUUUUUGCUGCUUUAGAGCCUAUCAAGGACAAUGAAGAAGCUGUCAAAUCUUAUGGAAUUCACCUGGGAACUGAAAUGUGCAAAAAAAUUUUAGCUCAUGGAAUUAAGACACUACAUAUGUAUACUCUAAAUAUGGAGAAAUCAGCAUUAGCAAUACUAAUGAAUCUCGGCUUAAUUGAAGAGACCAAAAUUAAUAGGUCAUUACCUUGGCGACGCCCUGCAAAUGUGUUUCGUGUUAGAGAAGAUGUUCGUCCAAUAUUUUGGGCAAAUCGUCCAAAAAGCUACAUAUCAAGGACAAUAGGAUGGGAUCAAUACCCACAUGGGCGUUGGGGUGAUUCUCGUAAUCCAUCAUAUGGUGCACUAACUGAUUACCAGUUCAUGAGGCCACGUGCACGGGACAAAAAGCUUGUUGAAGAAUGGGUGGUUCCCCUGAGGAGCAUUGAGGAUAUUUAUGAGAGGUUUAAACAGUAUUGCCUUGGAAAGUUGAGAAGCAAUCCUUGGUCAGAACUAGAUGGUCUUCAGCCAGAGACGAAGAUUAUAAAUGAGCAGCUGGAAAAGAUUAACUUGAAGGGAUUUCUCACCAUCAAUAGCCAGCCAGCAGUCAAUGGGGAGAAAUCUGAUUCUGCUACUGUAGGCUGGGGUGGACCUGGUGGAUAUGUAUAUCAGAAGGCAUAUGUGGAGUUCUUUUGCUCUAAGGAAAAGCUGGAUGCACUUGUUGAGAAAUGCAAGAAUAGAUCAUCUCUAACUUUCAUGGCUGUGAAUAAAGAAGGAAGUUGGAGAUCUAAUGUAGGCCAAACCGAUGUGAAUGCUGUGACAUGGGGGGUCUUCCCAGCCAAGGAAAUAAUCCAACCAACCAUUGUAGAUCCUGUUAGCUUCAUGGUAUGGAAGGAUGAGGCAUUUGAAAUUUGGUCAAGAGGAUGGGCAUGCUUGUACCCUGAGGGUGAUGCUUCCAGGAAAUUGGUUGAAGAGGUGGGCAACAGCUACUUCUUAGUCAGCUUAGUAGACAAUGAUUAUGUCAAUGGCGAUCUUUUUGCUGUUUUUGCAGAUUUCUGAGAUGAACUUCAUAUAUUAGGUCUUUUAAGUAUUGUUCGGUUGUUUGUCAAGCUUUUUCCUUUUAUUUUUCUUCAUGAAGAUUUGAAUUAUUUAGAUGGCUCUAAAGUUCGUAUGGCACAUCAUCGUUUGUAGUAAACAUAUAUUAUAGACGUGUUAUUCUUCAGAAUUGCACCGGUAACGUGUCAUUUAAUGAAAUUGGUUGUAAGAUAAUUUGUAGACAAUAA